CUUCCAAUUAUCAGCUGUCUAUCUUAAACUCCAUUCAUCAAUCCAUCAAAGUAUGAAACCCUUUUUUCUAAUUUCACAGUUUUGAAGUAUUUAUCAGUAAUACAAUCCAAAUCCAUGUAUAAAAAACGGUUCUUUGCCUUUCGAAAAAUUGAACUUGAAUUAUCUGGCAACCACUCUCAGCGAAGGAGAGUCCAUUUUGCUGCUUAAUCAGCUCUAGGGCUCCAAUUUCGUGGAUUUCUUGAGCUAUUUCGAUCAAUUACACGUGAUUUUUUUUUUAUCCAGCGUUUUGGCUGAGUUGAUUGAUUUGUGAAUGGGAUCGAAGCCGUGGCUGCAUCCUGCGCCGGAAUAUCGGUAUUUGGAGAGCUAUUGGGACACUGAUGAGGACGCGCCGGGUCCCCGCUGUAGCCACACUCUCACCGCCGUGGCGGCGACGAAAACCCAUGGUCCCCGCCUCAUUUUGUUCGGUGGCGCCACCGCCAUUGCCAGUGGCAACGGUGGCAUUCGGUUGGAUGGAGUGACAAAUUCUGUACAUUCUUACUGUGUACUUACUAGAAAAUGGACCAGGCUUCGACCAGCAGGAGAGCCACCAUCACCUAGAGCUGCACAUGCUGCCACAGCUGUUGGCACCAUGGUGGUGUUUCAGGGUGGGAUAGGUCCUGCUGGGCAUUCGACAGAUGACCUUUAUGUGCUUGAUUUGACAAACGACAAGUACAAGUGGCAUCGUGUUGUAGUUCAAGGACAGGGGCCCGGGCCUAGAUACGGACAUGUCAUGGACUUGGUCGCACAACGAUAUCUUGUUACAGUUAGUGGCAAUGAUGGUAAAAGAGUGCUUUCAGAUGCUUGGGCCUUCGAUACUGCACAGAAACCAUAUGUGUGGCAGAGGCUUGAUCCAGAUGGUGACAAACCUUCUGCAAGAAUGUAUGCAACAGCUAGUGCUCGGAGAGAUGGAAUGUUUCUGCUUUGUGGUGGAAGAGAUGCUUCUGGCACGCCACUGGCAGAUGCCUAUGGAUUGCUUAUGCAUCGGAAUGGGCUCUGGGAAUGGACACUUGCUCCAGGAGUGUUGCCUUCGCCCAGGUACCAGCAUGCUGCGGUCUUUGUAGGUGCUAGAUUGCAUGUAAGUGGAGGUGUUGUCAGAGGUGGUCGAUCAGUAGAAGGUGACGCUGUAAUUUCAGUAUUGGAUACUGCUGCUGGAGUUUGGCUUGAUAGAAAUGGGCUGGUCACAUCACGAGGAAACAAAGCACAGAGUGACCUUGAUCCUUCUCUGGAGAUUAUGCGGCGAUGUCGCCAUGCAGCUGCAUCUGUUGGUUUCCGAAUAUAUGUUCAUGGUGGUUUGAAAGGAGAUACUUUGCUAGAUGAUUUUCUUGUGGCAGAGAACUCUCAAUAUCAAUCUGAAAUCAAUCCACCAUUAUCCCCUGACAGAGCCUCAAUAAAUUCUAGCCCAAGGUCAAACAAUACUACUUUUGCUCCAUUUUCCGCUGGAUCAACCCCAGAUUGCGGGUUUGAAACACCUUCAUCUGGAAAUUUUGGAAUGGACAGACAGUCCUUGGAGAAACUCGCAGAGGCAUCUGCCGCUGAAGCUGAGGUUGCCAGUGCUGUCUGGCAAUCAGCUCAGGCUGCUUCAGCCAUCCCCGAGGAAGCAUCGUUGUCAGAUGUCAAUUCGCAGUCUGUGGAGACCACUUCUGAGGGUAGUGACACCGAAGUUGAUGUCCGCCUUCAUCCUAGAGCCGUUGUAAUUGCAAAAGAAACUGUAGGAAACUUGGGGGGUAUGGUACGACAAUUAUCCUUGGAUCAAUUUGAAAAUGAAAGUAGGCGAAUGCUACCAUCACAUAAUGACCUAUCAAAUCCUACUAAAAAGUUUGAAAGGCAGAGAUCACCUCAAGGCUUGCAUAAAAAGAUCAUAUCAACUUUGUUGAGGCCUCAGAAUUGGAAGCCUCCUGUUAAUAGAAAGUUCUUUUUGGACUCUUACGAAGUCGGUGAGCUUUGUUUUGCUGCUGAGCAGAUUUUCAUGCAAGAGCAAACAGUGCUCCAAUUGAAAGCUCCUGUAAAAGUUUUCGGUGACCUUCAUGGACAGUUUGGUGAUCUGAUGCGGCUUUUUGACGAAUAUGGAUUUCCUUCAACUGCUGGAGACAUAACUUACAUAGACUAUUUAUUCUUGGGAGAUUAUGUUGAUCGCGGACAGCACAGCUUGGAAACUAUAACUUUGCUCCUUGCUCUUAAGAUCGAAUACCCAGAGAAUGUUCACCUGAUAAGAGGAAAUCAUGAAACUGCAGACAUCAAUGCACUUUUUGGUUUUCGCAUUGAAUGUAUUGAAAGAAUGGGGGAAAGUGAUGGGAUUUGGGCUUGGACGCGAUUCAACCAGUUGUUUAAUUAUCUCCCACUUGCUGCGUUGAUUGAGAAAAAGAUCAUUUGCAUGCAUGGUGGCAUAGGGAGGUCGAUUAAUUCAGUCGAACAGAUAGAGAAUCUGCAGAGGCCCAUAACAAUGGAUGCUGGUUCAGUAGUGCUAAUGGAUUUGUUAUGGUCGGAUCCGACUGAAAAUGAUAGCGUUGAGGGCUUGAGACCAAAUGCUAGAGGACCCGGACUUGUGACAUUUGGGCCUGAUCGGGUCACAGAUUUCUGUAAGAGGAACAAGUUGCAGCUUAUCAUAAGAGCUCAUGAGUGUGUGAUGGAUGGAUUCGAACGAUUUGCCCAGGGCCAGUUGAUCACCCUUUUCUCUGCUACCAAUUAUUGUGGAACGGCGAACAAUGCUGGAGCAAUAUUGGUCAUUGGCAGGGAAUUGGUCAUCGUCACGAAAUUGAUUCAUCCACUUCCACCACCUUUCCACUCCCCAGAAAAUUCCCCAGAACGUGUGACAGAGGAGACGUGGAUGCAGGAGCUUAACAUCCAAAGACCUCCAACUCCAACAAGAGGACGCCCGCAGCCGGACCUUGACCGAGGCUCACUCGCCUAUAUAUAACAUCACAUGUUGAUUUUUGCAUGCAUCGAUGCUUCUCCAGUGUUGCUGGUACGGGACGGAGCAGUUGGCUCUGCUAUCGUGGUAAGAUUUCUACCGAGGACUGCUGUACUUCACACAGAUGCAGUAGAUGAGAAUAGGAUUAUUGGUGUAUAGAAGAGAGAUACAAAGAUUGAGAAGAAAUUGUCACAUUUUUUCUGUUUUGUCAUUGUGUGGUACGGAAAAAAAGAAAUACAUACGAUAAGUUAAUGGUGGAUAUAUGUGUACGUAGAUGAUGUGCUAUUGAGUUCAAUAUAUCGAGUGUAAUUAGCAGAUUCACAUUGGUUUUGCAAAUUUAUCUAUUAUGUGUAGAGAAAGAAAGAGCAGACACACAAUGAGGAAUGAACCUUUUUUCUUAAUC